AAGAUUUGCGCGCAAGUUUUGGCAGGACAGAGGGGGUUCUCUGCGGGGCAGAAUAAUAUCAAAGACCUUUCAAACACUAACAAACCAUCUGUUUCUCAACUUCGAAGUAUUUUCAACACCCCCCGGUUUGACCACAAUGACUGCGACUCUUGUGUCUCCUUUCUUCGACUUCGAAGUGACGAAUAAUAAGAACAGUAAGGUGAUGAACUACAACAGUACUCUCUCCAGUCCCCACUUACAGUCUGUCCCCUCCACUGGUCCCAACACCCCCUUUACGCCCACCGGGUCCCUGCUGGACAGGAAAGUGGUGGGUAGCCCUUCAGUGGGACUCUUUCUGCGUCGCCACUCUGUUUCCGUUACCAGCUCCAAAUCAACACAGAACCAGUUUAUUAACAGUCUCAAGAUGGAUGGCUCAGGCUCCAUGAGUGUGAGCAGCAACAACAAGGAGAACCGCUUUCGGGACCGGUCCUUCUCUGAAACCGGGGAGCGUAUAAGGCCAAGCAACAUCACGUGCAUUAGUGCCAACGGGAACAGCCAGGUCAACUCGAGUCGCUAUAAGACCGAACUCUGCAGGCCCUUCGAGGAGAACGGCACUUGUAAAUAUGGUGAUAAGUGUCAGUUUGCCCAUGGGAUGCACGAGCUUCGUAGUCUCAAUCGCCACCCCAAGUACAAGACUGAACUGUGUCGCACUUUCCACAGCAUCGGGUACUGCCCAUACGGGCCACGCUGCCACUUCAUCCACAACGCAGAGGAGCGCUGUGGACCCCCUCCACUCUCUGCCUUUAACAAGAUGGAUCGCCCACGCCUUCAUCACAGCUACAGUUUCGCCGGUUUCACAAGCUCAAGUGGCUCCCAGGACAGCCCGACCUCUGUCACGCCUCCGCCCAUGUUUUCCACUGAGGACGUCAAUGAGUGGCCCAGCAACCCCUUUACUUACUCUAGUCAAGAGCUUGCCAACCUGUUUGGGCCCAGUUUAGGUGGCACCACUGUCCCCGAGCUGUCUGGACCUCACUCACCAACUGCACCUUCCUUCUUUAGGCCCAUGUCGGAGUCUCCACCCAGUCCCCCAGACUCCCUCUCUGAUCAAGAGGGCUACCAGAGCAGCCUGGGCAGUCAGAGCGGAUCUGAGUCACCAGUGCUUGAUGCAACACGCCGCCUUCCCAUCUUCAGCAGACUCUCUAUCUCUGACGAUUAAAGCCUACACUCAGAUAUCUUGGGCCCUUUAUUGAGGGAAAGCACAGAAAGAGCUGGUGAGAAAGAGAGAAUAAUUGUCCUCCUAGUGACCCCUUCCUCUCCUUGCCUUGUUUACAUCAGAGAAGUGGAUGUACAGUGUUCUUGUAGCCACUCAGUCAAAUAAGAAUUCCUAUUACCUGGUAGCAUUUAUCCACAUGUUCUUAGACAUCUCUAACUUGCUUGACAUAAGAACUGUUCAGCUUGAGCCCUGUUCAAAUGUCCAAUCAGUCCAGAUUUACUUUAUUUACUUCUUGCCAAUUCAAGAAGCAUCUUUAUCCAAGAAUCUACUGUAUAUACUGUAGCAAUGAUGCUUUGCGUACCUGAAAGUGCCACUUAUCUUUAAGAAAACUCUUGCAAUAGAUCAUCGAGACAAAGUGCCUAUCAUAGUUUUACAGUUUAUGGACUUUUUCAACUUUUCCAAUUACUUUGAUUUUCAAAAAUAUGGGGUAGAAAAGGCAUAAUGAAAAAAAAAAAAUUUAAACAUCAAAGGUAAAGCUUUUUACAAGUCAUCCUGAAAGAUACCUGUGUGUCUAGUGGUGCUAAAUGUGCUGUCACCAUGGUAAUUAUCCCUAGAACAUGUGAUCCCUUACAGUAAAAUUGUAUCUGCUGGUUGGUGGAUUAUGAAAGAGAGGAUAUCUGAGAGAGAGAAUGUCCAUUCCCUCUGUUUAUGUUACCACUAAAGAUGUGACUUCAGUGGCCACUAACUGUUUAAAUAUAAACAGAUUAUCGAGGUGUUCUAUCAUUAAUUCAAUAUUGUAUUUCCCCUAUUAUUGUUGUUAUAAUAGUUAUUAUUACAUUAUUAUGAUUAUUGUUGGUAUUUUCUGUUUGGAAUUGAAAACUUUCAAACUGAAAGUUUUGCUUAACUUAUCAAAAUGUAUUUAUUGCUGAUUGUAAGCAUUUUUUUAUUUUGUUUGUAUUUAUCUGGAUAAUGAAACAAUAGAAUAUAUUUUCCUUUAUGUUAAAUUAUGAUCUUCCGUAUUAAUCGUAAGAUUGUGAAGACCUUUUUCAUUAAGUUUCAACAGUUAAUAUAUUAUACUGCAAUUACUUUUUUGUAACUACACUUUGAUUUAUUUUUAAAGUGAAUCUUAAUUUAAAAUAAGAAUGCAAAGGGGAUGUUUUGCAUUUUAUUUAUUAUUAUGUUUUCUCCCUAAUGUUGGACUGCAGUAUCAGGAUGUUUAUGCCUCUAUAAUCCUUUAUUAUUUGGCUCCGACCAUCUAGAAUGUAAACUGAGUUAUCUUGACAACAACAGUCCUGUGCCUGUGAUUUUAUAAAUCCAAUGUUUAGACUGGCAUCCUCAUAUUAAGACUCCUUAUGGUAUGAACAAAUCACCAAUAUGCGCUAUAUCACCAAUGGUCCAAAACUUUGUUUGCAUAAUGAUCUGUCAUAUAUAAGGGAAUUGCUAAAUAUACAUUUGUGUAUUUAUUUUGCCCAGAUGAAACCAGGUUAUGUACAACAACAUGCAUUUGAUGUUUUGAUUUGUUAUGACUCAUAAAUUCUGUUAUUUAUUUAGAGAUUUUGGACCACAAUUACUUGCUAAGUGCCUAACAGUACAUUCCAAGUGUCUUGUACCUUUUUAGGAUUAUAAUCCAGAGUCUUUCUAUAGAUAUUAGUACAAAUUUGAGGUUAACAGGAGUGCCAUUGAGAGCUACAGUUGAAUGUCUCCUACAGUAUGUUGGCUGCGAUGGCUGUUCACGUCAAUAUGUUUUUUGUAAUGACAGAUUGCAGUUUAAACCAAUAAAAUACCUAUUUAUAA